AUGGGGUCCAUCAGUACAGUCUCAAGGAUUGACCAUGUUACAAUUCUACUCUCGGAAGAAGAAUUCAAAAGCCCCCCUUCAUGGCUCAGUGACAACUUUACUAUAAUCGAAGGCGGCAAACACACUGGCCAGGCUAGCCAGCUGAAGCUCAUUGUCUUCGAGGAUGGCACGUACCUGGAGCUGUUCAACUGGUGGGGUCAACCCCCAGAAGACCACACCUGGGGAACCAAGAGCCCCGGGUUAAUUGAUUGGAGCAUCUCUUCCAUGUCGACACAGACCGCCACUGAGCACUUCCAAGGCGUCAACCAGCGCUUGAAUGAAACCCCUGGUGGAGACGGUAACCUCGGCGUCUCGUUCCCUGAGCCAACUGGACAAGGUCGGACGACACCAGAGGGUUUGAAACUCCACUGGACAAGAGCCAAUCCGGAUUUCCAUACUGCGUCGGAAACUCCAGACCAGAAGUUCUUUCCAACAGGCCGCUUGGACGCUCCUUUUGUGUGCUAUGAUGGGUCCCCUAGACUGUCGAGGCUGCGGUUCGACGAUCCGGCUAGAGUAACCCAUCCGUGUGGUGCAAUUGGAAUUCAUGAGAUCGAAGUUGUUGUUCCGUCUACCCAUAUGAAGAAUUAUUCGACGCUUCUCUCUAGUAUGAUUGGAUCGCCGCCGAGUACAGUUGAAGGCCAGAUCGGGUGCAUGUUUGGUCUUGGGCUGCCGGUCGAGAACAAAGGUGAAUGUAGCAUUUGGCUGCAUGGUGAGAGCGAUAGGAAUGAUGAGCAGUGGCUGAAUACUAGGGGAAUCGGUCCACUUAUGCUUAGGUUGCGAGUGGCAGGUCGAGAAGGUCAUGGGGAGGAGACUCUUGGGAAGGAUGGCUCUGCAACACAUGUCUCGCUUGUAUGGUAA